AUGACCUUGCACCUCGCUAUCCCGCCCCAACCCUCCACUCCAUCCAUCAUCCACAUUCACCAUCCGCAAAUCGUAAACCCCGUCCCUUCCAACUUCCCCAUUUCCAGCACCGGAGAAACCACCGACGUCAAGAUUUCCCCUCAACUCAACCCGCGCGGCGCCCGCGGGCGGCCUGGUUGGAAGCCGUGGGAGCGCGUUGUGGAUGGAAGCGGGGCCGCAUCCUUCUUUCACAUAUUGUACUGUGCUGUCUGA